CUAAAACCGAACCUCUUCAUAAUGAAGGCGGAAAAGAAAGCUCAUUCGUGGAUGACUAUACUACGAAUUUGAACUUUAACGGGAAACUAGGCGAUCGCAAAACCGGCGUUAUUUACCCCAGCACAAGUUCGAUCGAGAAAACACCUGAUUUGAAAAUUCGUCACGAACUCCUUGAUCGAAUUCACGCGUUCAUUCCUCCGGGUGCUACCUCGUCUCAGGAUGGGGUGGACACGAACUCCAGGCACCUCGAAUACAGUGGAAAUCCAAUGACCGAUUUUAAAUUUGACGUGGAAAAAAUU